GAGAAAGCGAAAACCGGCGCAAAGCGAGCGAGGAGAACGGAGGGAAGCAAAGAAAGGGGGGCAAGGACGCGAAGCAGGAAGGGGAGAAAGGGGCGGCGGGCCACGGGCAAGGGAACGCGGAAACACAGCAGGGAACGCAGGGACAGGGCGGGCACAAGGGAAGAAGGGGGAAAGGAGGGCCAGAGGCCGGGGGGGCACGGGGCACGAAAGACCGAGCAGCGAGAGAGCGGCGGGAAAAGGGCCGAGAAGACACAGGAAGAGGAAGGGGCGAGCAAGCAGGGAGGACCAGGGGGCGCAAGAGGAAACGCGAGGGGAACGGAGCGGGGGGAAAGGGCGGGGAGGGCCACAACAAGCGCGAAAGAAAAGCGGGAAAGGCCGAAGGGACGGACCAGAGCGGCGAAGGGAAACGAACCCCGAAAGCAGACAGGAAAGAAGAGACAAAAGGGGGCGGGGCAAAAAGAAGGGACACAGGAAGAAAGAGGGGAGCAAGGGGCAAAAGGGAGGGCCCAAAAAGGGACAGGGCAGCGGCGGGGGGGCGAGCGUAAUACCGAACAGGGCAGAAGGGAAGACGAAGGCCGGGGGGGGGACGCGGGGGCAACAAGCCACAGGGCAAACGCGGGGCAGGAGAGGACAAAACGGAGACAGCCAACGGGAACGGAGGGGAGCAGCGGCGCGGGAAACAAGAGGGCGGCACCAGGCGAAGCGGGCGAAGGGGGCAAGGGAGGGGGGACAAGGGGGGGGAAGGACAGGAGAAAAGACAGGGGAGGGGCCGAGGGGGCGAGGAACGGAGGGGCAGGAGCGAGACGGGGACCCGGCGGAGAGGCGGGGGAAGGAAGACCAAGAAGAGCAAGGGAGGGCGGGAGGCGACGGGGGGGGGACGGGGACAGGGGCGAAGGGGCGGGGCCGGCGGAAAGGAAAGAAGGAGGCAGGGGACAAGGCGUGACAGGGGCAAAACGGCACCAAACGGGGGAGGAGGAACGACAAGGCCGCAAGGGGGGGGCAGCGGAGAGGAGGGCAGAGCGCCCGGGAGCGGAGGAAAAGGGGGGGAAAGGAGGGAGGACGGGCGACGCGAGACGAGACGGACGGGGAGACGGGCGGGACGGCAGGAAGGGGAAGCAGACAAACAAGGCAAAGAAAGGGGCCAAGAGAAGGGCAACGGGGGGGAAAGGAGGCAGACGGACAGAGGGGGCCGGAGAGGACAAGACCGGGGCAGAAAGAGGGCAGCACCGGGAGGGAGGACGGCGCAAGAGGGGCCGAGGGGGAGGGACGGCAGCAGAAACAGGAAGCAGGGGAGGCCGGGAAAGCAGGGAAAGCGGAAGGGGAAAACCAAGGGAACAGGAAAAGACACAGAGGGAGGGCGGAGAGGGGGGGGGAAGACGAGGGGAGAGAGACGGAGAAGGGACAAGCACCGGGGCCGGGGCGAAGGGGCGGCAAGAGCAGGGGAGGGGGGCCCAAGACACCAGGCCGGGGGCGCCGGACCAAAAGGGGGAGCGGAAAGAAGAAACCGGACCCGGCGGGAGAGGGGGCGGAGGAGGCGGAGCAACGCGAAGCGGCCGAAGGCGGGGGGGGAGGAAGCACGGAAGACGGCAACGGAGAGAGGAAACCGGGGCCAACCAAGGCGGGCCCGAAGACACCGGGGGAGGGAGGCAAAGGGGGGAAACCGAGGGGGCAACAGAGGCGGGGGAGGGAGGGCCGGCGGAGGGGAGGAGAGAGAACCCACACGAGAAGAAACGGGACCCAAGGACGAGGAGGGCGGGCGGGAGGGGAGAGGCACAAGCGGCGAAGGGGAGAGGGGCGAGGGGCCAGCGCAGACGACGAGGAGAGGGGAAGCAAGGAAGGCGAAAGGGCGGGAAGAGGACGGGAGGAGGGGGAGGGAGCGGGGAAGGACGGAGGGCCGGCCGGCGAGCAGAGGGACGCGCAACCGGCGACGGCAGCGGGGGGGGGGACGGAGCCGCAGGGCGCCGGGAGGGCGGCCGGCAGAGAGACCACCGACCGGGGAGAGGCCACAAACGGGGGAGGAGCAGCCGGGGGAAGAACCAGGGCAGGACGGACAGCAACCGCCGGAACGAGAGGGCGAACCAAGGGGGGAACCAACGCAGGAGAGACAGCAAGAGGCGGAGCCGAGGCAGACGGAACCAAGGCAAGAACGGCCACCAGGGCCGGAAGAGGGAGGGGACCGCAGCCGGGCAAGGGGAGGAGGGGCCAACCGGAAGACGGGCGACGCGGAGAAGGCGAGCAGCAGGGCCGAGGGAGGAGGGGGCGGAGCGACAAGAAGCGGACAGAGGGGCCGAAAAGGAGCCGGAAACAGGCGCGCAAGCCACAAAGGGGGCACAGGCGGACGGAGGGGGAGAAGCCAGGAAAGAGGAAAGGAAGGCCAGGAAGGACAAGGGAGGGGGGGAGCGGGGGAGGGCCGAAGGGGGCCAAGGCCAGGGGCGGGAAAGGGGGCGGGAAGACGAAAAGAAACGCAGGAGGCAACAGGGAGAGAGACAAGGCCCGGCGGGGGGCCAAGGGAGGGACGCAAAAAGAAGGAAGCGAGGACAAGGAGACCGGGGCGCCGGGAGCAAAGAAAGAGGCACGGCGGGCAGGCGGGCAGGAGGGGCACAGGGCAAGCGGGAGGGGCAACAAAGGGAGGGGAAAACCGCGGGCCGAAAGGGGGAGCGAGAAGAGGAGGGGGAGAGGAAACAACCGGAAGGGGGCGCGGCGAGGGGGGGGAGCAGGGAGGAGGGAAGCGGAAGAAAGCCAGAGACGGGGGAAAACAAGCCGCCCGGCAAGGGGACAGCAAAG